GUGAAUGCAGCUGCUACGCCUGCUGUCGUAAAACUGUCGCGCAACGACAGCUGACCGCUUUACGGACAGGGAUUGCUGUCAUGUGAGAAGCUCUGCUGCCCUUGCAGGGAUGUGGAGAACAUAUGCCUCCUGUUGACGUCUGUGGCCCUCAGCGGAUGCAGCAUCAUUAAAAAGCAAAUCCCCCCCAUAUGGCGUCUAACUACCUCCGGUAUGCAGUGCUGCUUCAGAAGUACAGGACUCCGCUGCUUGUCGCGAGCUGCGGCGGGGUCUUUGCGGCCAACAUGUUCUACCAUGUUUUCCCCGACGUCUCCUACCGGCGGCUCUAUCAGGCCUGGUCCAAAGGAGAACCGGUGGCGCUGUCCGAAAAGCUCGAGGACGUAUUCCAGCAGGUGCUGAAGGACUACGGCAUCAGCGCCCCCAAGAACUUCUCCGCCUUCGCCUCCUUUGGGUUUCAUCCGGUCGGUGCCGGUGUCCCUUGGCUCCCUGCCGGGGCCCAAAUCGGCAUCCCGGCCAACUUCAACAGCACGCCGGACGACCCGAGCGGGAUCACCGACCGCGCCAUCUACAUCAACGGCAGAAAGGUGGACUGGGCCAGCGACGGCGGCGCGGCCCUGCAGCGGAGCUUGGUGUUCUCCCUCGAUGCGCAGAGGUUUGCCGUAGCGCGGGAGGUGGCCCGCCUGCAGUCCGGGGGGCCCGCCUUGAGUGCCGCCGUGGCCCCGCUCUGCCUGGGUGGCGUCUGGGUGUACAGCGUGCUGAUGAAGCAGCUGUUCGGCCUCCACGGCGGGCCCCCCCUGCUCCGCGGCGGCGUCAACGCCGUGGCGCUGGCGGUGGGGGCGGUGUCCUACUUCCUCUCCUCGGAUGCCGUCAGCCAGUGGGUGGACCGCAGCUCGGACCGGCGAGCGGCCGGAGUGUCCCGGGAUUACGCCAAAGGAGGGGUGGAGUUUUACGAUAAGGUUCUGUCCCGAAACAAGACGCUGCGUUCGCUGAUGGGGCAGAAGGGAGAAGAGAUGUACGCCGCCAGCGGCAACUUGUUUCCCGCUCACAUCUUUCAGCUGAAACACACGCCGUACACAUCCAGGCGGGACGGGAUCCUCACUCUGCUGAGAGAAGAAGAAAAGGCUUGAAAAGUCCCCUGAUUGCGUCAUGGCGAGUGAGGUUGUAGGCAGUUGAAGAACUGCAGGUCGAGAGUGGCUUCCUGAGCUUUUCUUUAGAUUUCUUAAACAUGUUUAGUUGAAUACCUAAUGGGGGAAAAAAAUAAAUAUUUUUGAAACCUGUUUCAGAACAAGUGCUAAAAUAUUUAUUGUUGCAUAAAGCAUACAUUUUAUUCCAUAUCAGCUUUACGGAAGCUCUUUUUCGGGUUUAAUUACCUACUGCCACCCAUUCGCACCAAUAAUAUCAAAUUGUGUUUGCUAAAAUUAACCUCAGUAUUUACCUCGCCAGGUAAGUCUCAAAUAAUC